AAACUCAUGACUUCAACUCAUUCAUUUUCUCUCUGCUAUUAAUCCCUCUUUCUUCCUUUGCAAUGAAUAUAGUUGAAGGCUCUUUCAGCAGGAGUCGUCUUUAGUGACUCAGUUUCAGUGGCAGCAGCUUCCGUAGUGAAUCAGUUGACGACACGAGAUGGAGAGACUACUUUUGUUGUUUUUGUUUCUGAUAUUUGAUGUUCUUCUCAUCUUCAACAACUCCGCAGCUCAGAGGCCAGGUUUUGUGAGUUUGGACUGUGGGGGUAAAGGAAAUUUCACUGAUGAACUAGGACUUCAGUGGACUCCUGAUGAUCAGUUUUUGUUUGGAGAAACAACGAAUAUAUCUAUUGCAAAUGAGACUAGGCAGCAAUAUUCGACACUAAGACAUUUUCCUGCUGAUUCUAGGAAGUACUGUUAUCAGCUUCAUGUUAUUAGAAGGACUAGGUAUCUCAUAAGAGCAACAUUUCUGUAUGGUAAUUUUGAUAGCAAUAAUGUCUAUCCAAAAUUUGACAUUUCCCUUGGGGCUACUCAUUGGUCUACUAUUGUCAUUUCGGAUACUACUACUAUUGAGGUGCGAGAACUUAUAUUUUUGGCUUCAAGCCCUACAAUCGAUGUUUGUUUAUCAAAUGCUACGACUGGGCAACCAUUCAUUUCUACCCUUGAGCUUCGGCAAUUCAAUGGUUCAGUUUACUAUACGCCAUUUGAAGACCGCUUUUAUCUAAGUGUUUCUGCUAGAAUAAAUUUUGGUGCAGAUAGUGAAGCUCCAGUUAGGUAUCCUGAUGAUCCAUUUGAUAGAAUAUGGGAAUCUGAUUCUCUGAAGAAAGCAAAUUACCUUGUUGAUGUUGCUGCUGGCACAGUGAAAGUUUCAACCAAAAUGUCGAUUGAUAUUACCAGUGAUUUAAUGCCACCUGAAAAAGUGAUGCAGACUGCUGUAGUUGGUACAAAUGGAUCGUUAACUUAUAGGUUGAAUUUGGAUGGUUUUCCUGGCUUUGGUUGGGCCUUCUCCUACUUUGCUGAAAUUGAAGAUUUGGAUCCAGAUGAGUCCCGGAAAUUUAGGCUGGUGCUCCCUGGCGAGCCUGACAUUAGCAAAGCUAUGGUUAAUAUCCAAGAAAAUGCUCAUGGGAAAUAUCGCGUCUACGAGCCUGGAUACUAUAACAUAUCUCUCCCCUUUGUGUUAUCCUUUAGGUUUGGGAAAACAUCCGAUUCUUCAAGGGGACCACUUUUAAAUGCUAUGGAGAUAAACAAGUAUCUGGAGCGGAAUGAUGGUUCUGUAGAUGGGGCAGUUAUUGCAAGUGUAAUUUCACCUUUUUCAUCAGCUGACUGGGCUCAAGAAGGUGGUGAUCCGUGCCUACCUGUUCCAUGGUCAUGGGUGCAGUGUAACUCAGAUCCACAACCAAGUAUAACUGUAAUCCACUUAUCUAGCAAGAAUUUGACUGGGAACAUUCCUUCGGACUUGUCCAAAUUGACCAAUUUAGUUGAGUUAUGGCUUGAUGGGAAUUCACUGAUUGGUCCAAUACCUGAUUUUAGUGGAUGCACAAAUUUGAAGAUCAUUCAUCUUGAGAACAAUCAGUUGACGGGUGAGCUGCCUUCGUCUUUGGGGAACCUACCAAAUUUGAGGGAAUUGUAUGUGCAGAAUAAUAUAUUAUCCGGAACAGUGCCUUCAGUUCUCCUGGACAAAAACUUGGUCUUCAACUAUUCUGGAAACAUUAAUCUUCAUGAAGGGGCCAGAAAAGCUAGGCACCUCUAUAUUGUCAUUGGUUCAUCAGUUGGAGCCGCUAUUCUGCUAAUAGCUACUGUUGUAUCUUGCCUAUUCAUGCACAAGGGGAAGAAAAGCCAUUACAAGCAAGACCAACUUCGGCAACCCCUGCCCAUUCAAAGGCCAGUUUCUGCCUUGAAUGACGCUCCCUCGGAAGCUGCACAUUGCUUCACAUUAGCAGAUAUUGAAGAGGCUACAAACAUGUUUGAGAAGAAAAUUGGUUCUGGGGGUUUUGGAGUAGUAUACUAUGGGAAAAUGAAAGAUGGAAAGGAAAUCGCUGUCAAAGUUCUAACCAGUAAUUCCUACCAAGGAAAACGAGAAUUUUCAAAUGAGGUGAUUCUUCUUUCAAGGAUACAUCACAGGAACCUGGUACAGUUUCUUGGAUAUUGUCAAGAGGAAGGAAGAAGUAUGCUUGUUUAUGAGUACAUGCAAAAUGGAACCUUGAAGGAACAUCUUUAUGGUGCAUUGACACGUGAGCGAAGCAUUAACUGGAUCAAACGCCUUGAAAUUGCUGAAGAUGCUGCAAAAGGAAUUGAAUACCUUCAUACAGGCUGUGUUCCAGCUGUUAUCCACAGAGAUUUAAAAAGCAGCAAUAUUCUUCUUGAUAAACACAUGAGAGCAAAGGUUUCAGAUUUUGGUCUUUCAAAGCUUGCAGUAGAUGGAACCUCUCAUGUCUCCAGUGUAGUACGAGGCACUGUAGGGUAUCUGGAUCCUGAGUAUUAUAUCUCCCAGCAGUUAACUGACAAGAGUGAUGUUUAUAGUUUUGGCGUCAUUCUUUUGGAGCUGAUAUCUGGUCAGGAAGCCAUAUCUAACGAAAGCUUCGGUGUUAAUUGCCGUAAUAUAGUUCAAUGGCCGCUUUUAAAUGCUAUGGAGAUAAACAAGUAUCUGGAGCGGAAUGAUGGUUCCGUAGAUGGGGCAGUUAUUGCAAGUGUAAUUUCACCUUUUUCAUCAGCUGACUGGGCUCAAGAAGGUGGUGAUCCGUGCCUACCUGUUCCAUGGUCAUGGGUGCAGUGUAACUCAGAUCCACAACCAAGUAUAACUGUAAUCCACUUAUCUAGCAAGAAUUUGACUGGGAACAUUCCUUCGGACUUGUCCAAAUUGACCAAUUUAGUUGAGUUAUGGCUUGAUGGGAAUUCACUGAUUGGUCCAAUACCUGAUUUUAGUGGAUGCACAAAUUUGAAGAUCAUUCAUCUUGAGAACAAUCAGUUGACGGGUGAGCUGCCUUCGUCUUUGGGGAACCUACCAAAUUUGAGGGAAUUGUAUGUGCAGAAUAAUAUAUUAUCCGGAACAGUGCCUUCAGUUCUCCUGGACAAAAACUUGGUCUUCAACUAUUCUGGAAACAUUAAUCUUCAUGAAGGGGCCAGAAAAGCUAGGCACCUCUAUAUUGUCAUUGGUUCAUCAGUUGGAGCCGCUAUUCUGCUAAUAGCUACUGUUGUAUCUUGCCUAUUCAUGCACAAGGGGAAGAAAAGCCAUUACAAGCAAGACCAACUUCGGCAACCCCUGCCCAUUCAAAGGCCAGUUUCUGCCUUGAAUGACGCUCCCUCGGAAGCUGCACAUUGCUUCACAUUAGCAGAUAUUGAAGAGGCUACAAACAUGUUUGAGAAGAAAAUUGGUUCUGGGGGUUUUGGAGUAGUAUACUAUGGGAAAAUGAAAGAUGGAAAGGAAAUCGCUGUCAAAGUUCUAACCAGUAAUUCCUACCAAGGAAAACGAGAAUUUUCAAAUGAGGUGAUUCUUCUUUCAAGGAUACAUCACAGGAACCUGGUACAGUUUCUUGGAUAUUGUCAAGAGGAAGGAAGAAGUAUGCUUGUUUAUGAGUACAUGCAAAAUGGAACCUUGAAGGAACAUCUUUAUGGUGCAUUGACACGUGAGCGAAGCAUUAACUGGAUCAAACGCCUUGAAAUUGCUGAAGAUGCUGCAAAAGGAAUUGAAUACCUUCAUACAGGCUGUGUUCCAGCUGUUAUCCACAGAGAUUUAAAAAGCAGCAAUAUUCUUCUUGAUAAACACAUGAGAGCAAAGGUUUCAGAUUUUGGUCUUUCAAAACUUGCAGUAGAUGGAACCUCUCAUGUCUCCAGUGUAGUACGAGGCACUGUAGGGUAUCUGGAUCCUGAGUAUUAUAUCUCCCAGCAGUUAACUGACAAGAGUGAUGUUUAUAGUUUUGGUGUCAUUCUUUUGGAGCUGGUAUCUGGUCAGGAAGCCAUAUCUAAUGAAAGCUUUGGUGUUAAUUGCCGUAAUAUAGUCCAAUGGGCAAAGUUACAUAUUGAGAGUGGGGACAUUCAAGGAAUCAUCGACCCCUCUCUAGGGGAUGAAUAUGACAUCCAGUCAAUGUGGAAAAUUGCAGAAAAAGCUUUAAUGUGCGUCUUGCCUCAUGGACACAUGAGGCCUUCAAUCUCAGAAGUUCUCAAGGACAUUCAAGAUGCUAUCUUAAUCGAAAGGGAAGUCACAUCUAUUAGAGAAGGUAACUCAGACGACAUGUCAAGAAUGUCUGCUCAUUCUUCCCUCAAUUUAGGAGCUGAAAAUUACUUGUCCUUGGAUGAAUCUAUCGCACGACCAACUGCUCGAUAGUCUUCGGUCAAGUGCAAGCACAUAAUUCCUAUUUUUGUUUUCCUCAUUUUGUGGUCAUAUUCUUUGUUGUAGCUAAAAUUAUGUAGCUGGAAUGGGAUUCAAGUUGCUCCAUGUAGGUUAAGCAACCUGGUUAAAAAUGAAAAAAAAAAAAAAAACAUAAAA